AUGUAUUGCCAGAAGUGUCGCACGCCGUUGAAGCUGGAUGGCUCGGUAGAGUCACUCAACCCAGCUGCCUUUGACUUGCUAUCUAACUCUACAGGCAAGACGUUGUCGGAUACCGGAGCUGUCUCCUCGUCAGCGCGAUCGUCAUAUCCGCACGAACGCCGCGAUAAGUACGAUCAGUCCUCUAAACAUGCUACGUCGCCGGUUUACAGACGGUCUAUCCCUGCGCCGCGGGCAGGCCAGCCCAACCCAGUACCCCGGGCGGAUAGCGGCAAUAUGUCAUUCGUGAUGCUCACGGAGUCCCAAGUUGCGCCACCACCGGUCAGUGAGAGUGGAAGCAAGCGAAAUACACAGGCCCAGCUGCAUGACCAGGAUGGGCCGCUCGUUGAUCAGGUGGAGAAAACGACACGGCUGUUUGAGAUCGUCUCGGCGCGCUCCGAUAUCGACCAUCCUAUUUGCGUGGAAUGCACCGAGCUGCUUGUGGAAGGAUUACAAAAACGCUUGGCGGGGUCUACGAAGGAGCGAGACGCCUACAUCUCCUUUCUCAGGAACCUGAACGCGUCGAUCCCGACCGAGGAGGAGGUGCAGGCGGCACAGAAAUCAUUGAAUGAAAGCCUCGACGCGGAACGAGCCGCCUUCGCUGAGCUGCAGGCCUUUGAGAAAGAAAAGGCUGCUCUAGAUGCCGAGAUUGCCAGCUUGGAAAUCGAAUCGCGCCGCCUGGAUGCGGACGAGGAGAGCUUCUGGCGGUCGCGCAAUGCGUUUGCGUUGACGCUAACCGAGUUUCAAAACGAACGGGAUGCGCUCAAUAUGCGGUAUGAUCAUGACUCCCAGCAGCUGGAGCGACUGCAACGGACGAAUGUCUACAAUGACGCGUUCUGCAUUGGUCAUGAUGGAUAUUUCGGUACUAUCAAUGGACUACGGCUGGGCCGGCUGGCCAAUCCUUCGGUUGACUGGCCUGAAAUCAACGCUGCAUGGGGACAAACCGCCCUCCUUCUGGCCACGAUGGCCGAGAAGCUGGGGUUCCAAUUUCAGGGGUAUCGGCUCAAGCCGCUGGGGUCCAACUCGCGGAUUGACAAGAUUGAAUAUCCCACGCAGCCAGCCGGCCAGCCGGUCGAGGGCGCUGCACCCAAGGUGACCCAAUUAGACCUGUUCUCGUCGGGCGAUCUCCCGCUCAACCUUCCUUGGCUUCACCGUCGCUUUGACUCGGGCAUGGUGGCGUUCCUUGAGUGUCUGCGGCAGCUGGGGAAGUUUGUGGAAAAGACCCCUGCACCGGUUGUAUCUCCCCGGCGCGGCCAGACCGGCGCCACCGCACCGGGAUUAAAGCUGCCCUAUGAGAUCAAGCGGGAUCGGAUUGGAGAUGCCAGCAUCAAGUUGGGCUUCAACCAGAAUGACGAGACGUGGACUCGAGCCUGCAAGUACACGCUGACUUGCUGCAAGUUCCUCCUUGCGCAUGCCAGCAAUCUGGCUAGCACGGGGUCCAACUCAGCAGCCGUCGCGGCUGCAGCCGUUGCAGCCGCGGAUCAAGCCCGACAGACCAAGAAUAAACCAUGA